AUGUCCCUGGUAUCUGGUCCCGGCAGGGCCGGAGGCACCGACCAAGCUCUGCACACCCUUAAGCAUGUGGCUUACAUCAAAAACCUAGACACUCGGAAAGAUGAGCUGGAGUAUUGGCUUACGGAGCACUUGCGGCUCAAUGGUGUCUACUGGGGGCUGACGGCCCUGUAUCUUCUGGGCCAUCCCGAUGCUCUGCCCCGGAAUGAAACGAUUGACUUUGUGCUUUCCUGCCAGCGGGACAAUGGAGGCUUUGGCGCUGCCCCUGGGCAUGAUGCACACAUGCUCUACACUGUCUCUGCAGUCCAGAUCCUGGCUACUGUAGACGCGGUCGAUGAGCUGGAAAAGAGAGGCCUUGGGGGCAAGCAAAAAGUUGGAGCUUUCAUUGCCAGCUUGCAGAACCGGGAAGAUGGUUCCUUCAUGGGAGACCCAUGGGGCGAGACAGACACCCGAUUCCUGUAUGGAGCUCUCAACGCACUAUCUUUACUAGGCCUGUUAGACCUAGUUGACGUUCCCAAAGCGGUCACUUAUGUUCAAAGUUGUGAGAACUUCGAUGGAGGCUAUGGCAUCUGCCCCGGUGCUGAGUCUCAUGCAGGCCAAGUGUUCACUUGUGUCGGAGCUUUGACCAUUGCCGGACGCCUGGACUUGGUCAACAAGGACCGCUUGGGCGCCUGGCUCAGCGAACGUCAAGUUGACAAUGGCGGCUUCAAUGGUCGUCCAGAGAAACUGGUCGACGCAUGCUACACCUGGUGGGUUGGCUCGGCUCUGGCGAUGAUCGACCGACUUCACUGGAUUGAUGGCAAGAAGCUUGCUUCCUUUGUUCUGCAGUGCCAAGUAAGCACAUUCCCUGUGACUCUAUGUUUCCUGCCACUAACUCCAAAUAGGAUCCUGAAGCUGGUGGCUUUGCAGACCGUCCUGGGAACAUGGUUGAUGUGUACCACACCCACUUCGGUCUAG